CAGAUGGUGCUAAAGUUUAUAAGCAGCUCGACCUAUAUUUCAGAUAACUUUACAUCUCCUUAAUGAACAGUGAUAACCAUAUUGACUUCGAUUUGGCAUAUUCUUUUUACCUGAAAAUACACAGGAAUUGACGAGAAAAUACAACGGAAUGUGCUACUACACGAUGGUUUUGGUAUUAUUAUUUGCAUUUUUCAUUUGUUUCGCUCAAGCAGAUCAGCAUCUGAGCACCAAAGAAUGUGAAAAUCUGGGUUUCACAGGCCUCGCUUUAUGCUCCGAUUGCCACACCUUUGCUGAAUACAUCAAAGAUCAAGAGCUAGUGUCUGAUUGUUUGAAGUGUUGCUCUGAGGAUUCUGAUGAUGCGACAAGCAAGGUUAUAUAUUCUGGUGCAAUUUUAGAGGUCUGCAUGAGGAAGCUGGUCUUUUAUCCUGAAAUUGUUGGUUUUAUCGAGGAAGAGAAGGAUAAAUUUCCGACUGUGAAAGUUCAGUACGCCUUUAAUUCUCCACCAAAAUUGAUCAUGUUGGAUGAUGAUGAAAAACCGAAGGAAACUAUCAGAGUCGAUAAUUGGAAACGAGAACACAUAUUACAGUUUCUGAGGGAGAAGGUUGAACCAUCAUCAGACAUUUAACGUAAGAAGUUCCCAGGUCUUGUUUUGGUGACUUUGAAUGUCAUUCUUGAAGUUCCUAGGCCUUGUUUUGUUGACUUCGAAUGUUAUUCAUACUUAAUUGGUAUCGACUGGAAAAAUGUAUGCUGAAACCAAACCAUAAGACACGGACACACUUCUAAGAUCACUUCUACUCUCUCAAGAGUCAUUUUUGCAAGAUUGAGGAUUCAUUUGACAGCUCAUGAAGAAGCUGGUUAUUGUGUUACAUGGACUUGUUGAGUUUGGUACGAAUAUGUGCUAUUUAAUGUAAUACAAAAGGGGUAUACUUCUAUUUA